AUGAGUCUGGUAGACAAUGGAUCAAUAGAGUCUGUUUCUGAAAAGGCUUCUAGAAUCCAAUCGGCCAAGUCUUAUCUUUUUACAACUCUUCUUAAGGACUUGCUUGGUCUUGGGCCUUCAAUAAUCAUCUCCAAAUUAUACUCAAAUGGAAGAUUGACAUUAAGAGAAUUGUCUGCAAAGACCAAAAUAGGAAAAAGAAAAGUUCAGGGGAUUCUUGUUAAAUUGAUACAGUUGAAAUGUGUUAAAUAUUUUGCCCCGUCAGGCUCUAAGAAACCUACCGUGAAUUAUUAUGUCAACGAAGAGGGUUUGUUAAUAUUUUUAUAUUCAGGAGAAAUAAUUGCAUCCAUUAAGAAAAAAUAUAGUGAUGAUCUAAUGGCAGAGAUCAUUCAAAACUUUUUGAACUACGGAAAUUUGACUCUCUCUGACUAUUUGAGCAAUUUGGAGUCACAUAAAAAUGAGAAUCAAAACAAAGAAAAUCAAAACAAAGAAAAGGAUGAGAACGGUCUGGAAAACCGAGACGAAGAUGAUAAUGAUGAAGACCUUGACGAAAAAUCUGAUAUUGAGAAAAAAUUCAACAUCCUUAUUCAAGACGGGUGGAUAGUGCCUAUUAAAUCAGAUAUUGAAUUUCAAAAUAAAUAUGAUAUUUACAGAGAAUUGUACCAGAAGAAUUAUGCCAAAUAUCCAAAAGCCACCAGUAUUAGUGAGAUCAAAAGAAAGAAGGAGGUGAAGUAUAGUACAGAGAUUGAUUUCAAUAAACUUUUUGAAUUCUCGAAAAAGGAUAUCUAUGAAUCUGAUAACAGUUUCUUUAACAAGGGUGCCAACACAAUGUUUGGUUCAGAUUCGUUCGGCUCAAGCAAAAUUAAACAAGAUCUUGCCUUCAAAUUUUCUCUUGCAAGAUUUUUUAAACAUAUGAGAAGUGUUUGUCUCGUCAAGAUUGUUAAUCAAAGAUUGGGCCCGGUGUCUUCGAAAGUCUUUGGUCUUGUGAUGCAAAAGAUUGAGAAAAAUAGUCAAGAUUGCUCUAAAUUUGCUCUAGAUUUUGCCGAUGUUUAUCUCAAUCUUAAUAGUAAGAUGGAGAGCCAAGGAGACUCUACUAUUAUCGCUUCUUCAGACAUUCCUGCCAAAAGUUUACCGCAGUAUUUAUCAUAUGCAAAACUCGUUUUGGACGCCGAAAAUUCAGUUUGCUUCACAUUACAAGAUAUUGCUGCUUUGCUUAAAAAAAGAGAAGAUAUUGAUUUAAGUAAUAGUAUCAAAUUUAAAAGUGUCCAUUCUAACAAGCGGAAAAAUAGAGAUAAUCAAAAUAUGGGGCCAGCUACCAAGAAAAUUAAACAAGAAAAUGAAAUUUUGGCGAUGCAAGUGUUAAAUGGUAAUCAUAAUGAUAGCGAUGAAGAGGGUGAUGAAAAUACCGAAGAUAUGGAUGAAAAACAUUCAGUUGGCGCAUUAUAUCAACAUUUGGAGCUAAUGGCCAAUUCUAGUAUUCCAUUCCUCAGAAGGAAUCCGAAUGGUGCUUAUUAUGUCCCAUUUUCUGAAUUGAUGUCUAAAACAAAGGAAAUGAACUUCAUGUAUCUCGUCAAAUCCGUUCUUGGACGUAAUGAAUUCAAGGUUUUGAAUUGUAUUAUCAAGUCCAAAUUGAUAGAUGAAAAGGCUCUUAUCAAUCACACGCUUCUUAAAGACGAUGAUUUGCGUGUUUGUAUUAAUAGGUUAUUUAAACUUCAAGCGAUUGAAGUCCAAGAAAUUCCAAAGACCGUCGAUCGUCAGGCAAAUCGCUCAGCAUUUGCUUAUAGAUUUAACAAGAAAUUCAAUACUCGCUUACUUGAAAACAAUUUACUUCAUGAAAUUUCUUUGAUUUUCAAUCAUAUUAAUGAAACCAAGGAAAAAAAUAAAUUGCUAUUAGGCAAGGCCAAUAGAGAAGAUAUUAAAGGGAAAGAGGAGGAUAUGUUAUUAACAAGUGAAUUGAAUCAAUUGAAGUGGUUGAACGAAAAUGAAUUGAAUUGUGUAUCCAGAAUUCAUAGAGCAAGGAGUAUUUGGGAAGUUUUUGCGAUUUUUUGA